AUGAUGAUUUCAGGUGGUGAAAUGUCGGCCAAUGAUUCGCCGAUCGAAGUUACUGAUCAAAAUACCGAAACCCUCUCAGACUUGCAAAGACGGCAUCGUAGAGAGCAAAAAGAACUGCAAGCUAAAGUGACACAAAAGAAAAAGGGUGCAACCAAGAGUACAAGGAAAACCAUAAAUUCGGAGUGUGAGAUAUUGGAGAAAAAUCUUGGGGCCAAACAUAAACAGGAGCUCAUGAGAUUAAAUGAAGUUAUUGAAUUUGAGAAGUCCGACGAUGCAAAUCAAAGACGUCUCGAUAAAUGUACGUCGGAUUGUGAAAACUCGGCAGCUAAAUCUUGUGAUAUUGAUGAACUCUCCACAAGUAUGCAGAGCUUUGCUCCAACCCAAUCUGUACCUUCAGGUGAAGGGGCACCGAAGAAGCGCAAUCGUCAAAAGGAACGCCUAGCACGUAGAGCUGCAGAAUUACAAGUAUCUGUAGAUGAUGCACAAAAAGAGGCUUCCAAUCAACUGGACAAGAGGGCUCUUGAGCGAAAAGCCAUUUCUGAUCAGAUGCAUUCUAAAGGCCUGUUUGAAAAGGUCAUUCGACCCGAUGGACACUGCCUAUUUUCUGCAGUCGCCGACCAGCUGGUACAAAUUGGCGUAUCACUCGGUGAGGAAGCAGAUAGUCUGAAGGAGUAUCAACUUUACACAGUGGUUCGGAAAGCUGCUGCAACAUAUAUUGAAAGUCACCCUGAUGAAUUCAUAGGAUGGUUAGAUGAGCCACUAAUUCAUUACGUUGAAAAGAUUAGGGACACAGCAGAGUGGGGAGGUCAUCUUGAACUCCUGGCUUUGUCUAGGUUCUAUAAUGUCGUCAUUACUAUUAUCCAGGAUGGUGCAUCUCAUAAUAUUGAGCCCUUCUUUACUGAAAACAGACAUCCUGCCAAUAUUUGGCUGGCUUACUACCGGCAUGGGUAUGGAUUAGGGGAGCACUACAACUCACUUCGUCAAAAUUUUUUGAAUACGGAGGUAUAA